CAUUUCUUUCCAUCCCCAAAAACAUUCUUUUCACACAAUUACAUUCAUUAGGCCUCUCUUCCUCUCCCUUCUCUUCUUUCUCGUUGUUGCAUUGUCUUUUCCAUAGUAACUGCCUUGUUCUUGAGCUUAAUCAUCUGUUAACCAGUCCCACCAUGAUAUCCAAUUCAGAUACAAGUCCAAAUGCUACUGCUCUUGUCCAUAACUCUGCAUCUAAGAGUGAGGCUCAAAGCCCUGCUCCUUUUGAAGAGAGCACAGUUACCACUAUCGCCACUACCAUGUCUCCUGAUCAAGUGAAGCGAUUUUUCAAUACAGAUCAAAGUGUAGACGACUCCAGUGACCAGCCUUUGUCACACACGGGUCUAGAAGAAUUAGUACCAUCAAUUUCCAAGGAGAGUGUGUUUUCUGCUCUGGAUGCAGACGAGCUAAAUGGAAACAACAAAAGAGUCAUUUCUUUGACUGCUCAAUGGAAUGGCAAGAAGCUUCCUUUUGAGGUAGACCUCGAUUACACUAUUGGCGAACUCAAGAAUAAGUUGAUGGAGCUAACCAAUGUGGAACCAAAGAGACAGAAACUUAUGCUAGUUAGAGGAAAGUUUCCUGAAGACCAUGUGGUGCUAUCUACUUUAGCACUGAAAAAUAACCAAACAUUCCUGAUGAUGGGAACACCUGAGGCAAAAGUGAUCAAAGCCCCCGAGGUAAUGCCGGAUGUACUCAAUGACUUGGAUGAAGAUUAUACCCCAGACGACGAGGCAUUUGCUAGUAUGGCUCAAAACCAGAAAAGUCUCAAGAGCACUAUUUCCAAGUGCAAAAUCAAUAUCAUGAAUGAGCUGCGCCCAGGAAAGAAAUUGCUUGUAUUGGAUCUUGAUUAUACACUGAUUGAUUGUAAAGCACUCAACAACUCACUUGUGGAGGUUAUGCGACCAGGCUUACACGACUUUUUGGCAGUCUGUUAUGAGCACUAUGAUAUUGUGAUCUGGUCUCAGACAUCGUGGAGAGCGUUAGAGGCAAAAGUGACAACCAUUGGACUGUUGACACAUCCCGACUACAAGAUCUCAUUUGUGAUGGACAUCUCUACUAUGUUUUCAGUACUCAGUCAACGGGACGGAAAACCAUUUAGGCAUCAGGUCAAGGCUCUUGAUAUUAUCUGGACAAAGUUCCCGCAGUAUUCUGCACGCAAUACCAUCCACAUUGAUGAUCUAUCGCGUAAUUUCGCUAUGAAUCCCCGUUCGGGCUUAAAGAUCAGCGCAUUCAAGAAUGGGGCGGUAUCGCGCCAUACAGACAGAGAGCUGUUUCAUUUAGCACGAUAUCUAGUGGACAUUAGUAAAGCAUCAGAUUUCAAGGAGCUCGAUCAUAAGGGCUGGAAAAGUCAUCGCAAGAACUCGAGUCUAUAAACAUGCUAGCUAUUUUUUUUUUCUUCUUUACCGUGGUUUAUCGUUGAUCUACUUCUCCA